AUGUAUGCGAUGAAAUUUGCAAUCACGUUUAUUUUCCUGGUCUUGGAACUGCUCACAUUGUGUCAAGCUUCAGUCCAUCCCAUAAAAAUCAAGGACAAGCAUUUCGUUGACACAGUGACUGGAAAGCCGUUCUUCAUAAAGGGUGUUGACUAUCAGCCAGGAGGCUCUUCCGAAGUUAACGAAAAACAAGACCCGCUAUCCAAUCCCGAAGCAUGUGCUCGUGAUAUUUUGUUGUUUCAGGAUUUGGGCAUAAAUACAGUAAGAAUAUACUCCAUAAAUCCAGACCUAAAUCACGACGCAUGUAUGACCAUGUUGGCGAUGGCAGGAAUUUAUCUUAUUUUGGAUGUGAAUUCACCGUUACAAAACCAGCAUCUGAACAGGUAUGAACCUUGGUCUACCUUCAACGAAUUUUAUUUGGAACAUGUUUUCAAAGUGGUGGAACAAUUCUCCCAUUACAAUAACACUUUAGGAUUCUUUGCUGGUAAUGAAAUUGUAAAUGACAAAAGGUCAGCCCAAUAUUCACCGGCAUACAUUAAAGAGCUUAUUGGAUCUAUGAAAAAAUAUAUAAGUGCACACUCUGCCAGAACGAUUCCCGUAGGUUAUUCAGCUGCAGACGAUUUAAGUUAUAGGGUCUCGUUAUCCGAGUAUUUAGAAUGCAAAGUCGAAGAUAAGCCUGAGAACAGCGUUGAUUUCUACGGUGUUAACUCUUAUCAGUGGUGCGGUCAACAAACUAUGCAAACUUCCGGAUACGACACAUUGGUGGAAGCAUACAGGAGCUAUUCGAAACCAGUUUUCUUUUCAGAGUUCGGAUGCAAUAAAGUUUUGCCCAGGCAAUUCCAAGAAAUAGACUCAUUGUUCUCUGAUGAGAUGUAUUCAGUGUUCAGUGGAGGUUUGGUUUACGAAUUUUCACAAGAGGAUAAUAAUUAUGGCCUUGUCGAAUAUCAAGACGACGGUAAGGUACAGUUAUUGGCAGAUUUUGAACAGCUCAAAAUGCAUUACCAAAAUGUUGAGUUUCCCUCUAUGAAAACUUUAAAAGAGACUGUUGAAAUGCAGGACGCCCCAUCGUGCAUCGAAGAUUAUGAAAAUUUGAAUAUUGAAUCCAAAAUUGCUAAAAAUUUAGGAAGUUUUUUGGUUAAAAAAGGUGUAAAAGUUGAGAAGGGGAAAUAUAUAGAUCUGCAUAAGAAUCAGUUAUCCCCUAAUGUUACGAUAUUGGGCGUAGAUGGUAGUAGCUGGGAUGGACCCAAAAGGAUUGAAGUAGUACAAAGUUUAACAUCCUCAGACCAGCAAGAGGGGGGAGAGGAGGACGAGGAAGGGGAAAGAGAUGAGUUGAAAAGAAAGCACAGAAAUUCUGGCUCUAUGAUCGGCCCUUUGGUACCCCCCGGUUUGUUUUUGCUCUUUUAUAUUUUAAACAUCCUAUUUUAA